GGGGCGGGGCCUCGGGGCGGGGCCUCGGGGCGGGGCCUCGGGGCCGCCAUAAGGGGCAGACCGGGGUGCGUGUGGGGCCCGCGAGGAGGUCGGGCAGUGGCGCGAGGAAGGGCGGAGGGACUGAAGGGCCGACGGCGGCUGCGGCGCGAGCAUGCGGGUCCCCGAGCGCUUCUCCUGCGCACUCCUGGCGGCGGCGGCGGCCAUGGCCACGGCCUGCGUGCUGGCCCAGCGAGCGUACCCGUGGACAGAAAACUGCCGAAAAGCAACGUACCCUCCUUCCGGGCCCACGUACAGAGGUCCGGUGCCUUGGUACACCAUCAAUCUUGACUUACCCCCAUAUAAGCGAUGGCACGAGGUCGUCACAGACAUGGCACCCGGGCUCCGGAAUAUUGUGCAGAACAUAAAGAACAUGGUGAACACCUUCUUUCCUAGUGGGAAAGUUAUGAAGAUGGUGGAUGAACACUUGCCCAGCAUGCUCGGCAACCUGCCCUGGCCCUUUGAGGAAGAAUUGAAGGGGGUUGCAGAUGUGUCUGGAAUCCCGCUAGGUGAGAUUAUUUCAUUCAACAUUUUCUAUGAACUCUUCACUGUCUGUACAGCCAUCAUAGGAGAAGAUAAGAAAGGCCAUUUGUUCCAUGCUAGAAAUAUGGAUUUCGGUAUCUUUCUUGGGUGGAACAUGAAUAACAAUUCCUGGACUGUGACGGAAAAUCUGAAGCCAAUCACCGUGAAUCUGAAUUUUCAGAAGAACAAUCAGACGGUCUUCAAAGCCACGUCGUUCGCAGGCUACGUGGGCGCCUUGACGGGCAUGAAGCCGGGGAUCUUCAGUCUGACCCUGAAUGAACGCUUCAGCUCUAACGGGGGCUACCUGGGCCUCAUAGAAUGGUUGUUGGGCAGGAGAGAGGACACGUGGAUAGGGUUCCUUUUGAGAUCCGUCCUGGAGAAUGCCACAAGUUACGAAGAGGCCAAGAACCUGCUGAUCAAAACCACAGUCCUGGCCCCAGCCUACUUCGUCCUGGGGGGCAACAAGUCUGGGGAGGGCUGUGUCAUCACUCGGGCCCGAAAGUCCACUUUAGACAUCUACGAGCUCAAGCCGAAAGAGGGCAGGUGGUUCUUGGUGGAGACCAACUACGAUCACUGGAAAGCCCCCUUUUUCCUGGAUGACCGGAGGAAGCCCGCAAUCAUCUGCUUGAACCAAACCACCCAAGAGAAUGUCUCGUUGGCCUCCUUGUAUGACGUCCUGUCAACAAAGCCGGUUCUCAACAAGCUCACCGUCUAUACCACACUGAUGGACGUUCCCGGUGACGUGUAUGAAUCAUACUUGCGAGACUGCCCAGACCCUUGUAUUGGCUGGUGAGGAGCGGGUGUCUCGGCUGCAGCAGGAUCUCAGAGGCUCCUCUGCCCCGCAACCAGGGGAGCUCUGUGCAGGCAGGCCCCAGGACCCAGCUUCAGAAGGCGGCUAGGACCCCGGGCUCGUCCUCACUUCCUCACCGCUUGUUGACAAUCCAGGGGGUUUACUCUAACACUAAUCCUUUGUGAUUCUUUCUGAACUUGCCAGUAAUUGCUAGGAAAAUGAAGCAGUCCUUUAGAAUCAAAAUCACCAGCCUGUAUUAAAUGUGUGCCAGGCUUUCCUCUUGGAUUAGGGCCCUCUGCUACCCUUGAAUGAUGGGAGGGGUCCCCCGGGCCAGGCCCAUUCCACAGUCCUGCAAGACCCUGGUCAGCCCAUGGUUCCACCUUGGCCUGGCUGUUACCCAGAGGGAGGUGGUCAGCCGAAAGACCUGGUGGUUCUUGGCUUUGCUCUCGGCCAAGUGACCACAGGCUUCUUUUUCUCCCUGUUAAAAUAAACACACUUUUAUGCAA